CUUGGACCGGGUGUCGGGGGUUGACCGGCCGGCGCGGCAGAAGCGGCUGUCAGAAGGCGGAGGGACAUAGACGUAGUGACGGCAGCGUGACGAGUCCUUCCUUUUCCGGUCGGGGCGCGGCGCAGGCGGGCGGCCGCACGAGCAGCUCCGCCGCCAUGGCUUGCGCUCGGCCGCUGAUCUCCGUGUACUCCGAGAAGGGCGAGGCGUCGGGCAAGAACGUGACGCUGCCCGCCGUGUUCAAGGCGCCCAUCCGGCCCGACGUGGUGAACUUCGUGCACACCAACCUGCGCAAGAACAACCGGCAGCCCUACGCCGUCAGCGAGCUCGCAGGUCACCAGACCAGUGCUGAAUCAUGGGGUACUGGCAGAGCUGUUGCUCGAAUCCCGCGCGUCCGGGGUGGUGGCACUCACCGCUCUGGCCAGGGUGCCUUUGGCAACAUGUGUCGCGGCGGCCGCAUGUUCGCCCCGACCAAGACCUGGCGGCGCUGGCACCGCAGGGUGAACAUCAUGCAGAAGCGUUAUGCCAUCUGCUCUGCCCUGGCUGCCUCUGCCCUGCCAGCUCUGGUCAUGUCUAAAGGCCACCGCAUUGAGGAGAUUCCAGAACUUCCUCUGGUUGUUGAGGACAAGGUUGAGGGCUACAAGAAAACCAAGGAAGCUGUUCUCCUCCUGAAGAAGCUUAAAGCUUGGAAUGACAUCAAAAAGGUUUAUGCCUCCCAGCGCAUGCGGGCCGGGAAGGGCAAGAUGAGGAACCGGCGCCGCAUCCAGCGCAGGGGACCCUGCAUCAUCUACAACGAGGACAACGGCAUCAUCAGAGCUUUCCGGAACAUCCCAGGAAUCACUCUGCUGAACGUGAACAAGCUGAACCUGCUGCGCCUCGCUCCCGGGGGCCACGUGGGGCGAUUCUGCAUCUGGACCGAGAGCGCCUUCCGCAAGCUGGACGAUCUGUACGGCACCUGGCGCAAGGCUGCCACGCUCAAGAGCGACUACAACCUGCCAAUGCACAAGAUGACCAAUACGGAUAUUGGAAGAAUCAUGAGAAGCCAGGAAAUCCAGAAGGCCCUGCGUGCUCCAAAGAAGAAGAUUCAGCGCAGGGUCCUGAAGAAGAACCCGCUGAAGAACCUGAGAAUCAUGAUCAAGUUGAACCCGUACGCCAAAACCAUGCGGCGCAACACCAUCCUGCGGCACGCGCAGAACCACAAACUCAAGGAGGAGAAGAAAGCCAAGGCCCAGGAGAAGCUGGCAGCCAAGGCCCCGGCUGCACCCAAGGCGGAGCCCGCUGCCAAGAAGGCCAAGACAGCCAAGACCGCCAAGCCCGCGGCGAAGGCCAAGGCCGAGGCGUAGCCGCGGCCGUGCUGCCCCGCGGGGGCUGUGCCCGCGGUCUGUCCCUAAUAAAGGCUGUUGGAACAGAGAA